UAAUAGACUGUUUUUAUAUUCGUAACUGUAUCAAGCUGUUUUAGUUUAGUUUAGUUAAUUUACUUGUUAUAAUAAACUCACAAAAUGUAUAAUCAAAUUGUCUUGAUAUUUUGUAUUGAAUGUAUUUACAUAAAAUCAAUUGGUGGAAUAGCCAACGAUGAACCGGGCCCGAAUUUCUGUGACAAAUGUGUGGCGCAAAAUUGUCACGACACUAACUGUGUUCAAAAAACAAACCCUGAAAAAUCAUUUGAAUUAAAAAAUGAAUAUGCAGUCAGCUAUAAUGAAGAAACUACAGUUGAAAUAUUUCGAAGAUACAGUAAUAAUGGUACGAUUAACAUUAAAGUCUUCGAUGAAAUCUUACAAACGUAUAAUAUAUUUUUAACUCCAGAUGAAUUGCAAGAAACGUUUAAUGAAAUGGAUACUGAUAAAAAAGGUUUCGUAACUUAUUUAGAAUUUGUAAAUUAUGGUGACAUAAUAAAUGAAAAAGAAUUAAAACAUAUGAGAUUAGAAUUUAACGCAUUUAUGCAUGAUAAAAAUGGUCACAUUGGACCGGCAGAGCUUGUUCAAUUUUGGAUCAAAACAGGAAAACUAGGAGAUAUCGAAAAAGCCAAAAAUAUGAUCUCAAAAUUUGACAUAAAUAAAGAUGGUGCCAUUGAUUUUAAUGACUUCGUUUACAUGAAGACUCAAAGAAGUUCAGAAAGGUUUUAAAAAUAAGAUUUAUCAUAUACCAUACUUAUCAUAUAUUUAUAUAUAUUGAAUUACAUAAUAUGAUAUUUAAUAAAAUAUGAUAAAUUUAUGAAAUUUAUUUUAUUGCAA